GAACGCACUUGUUGUGUUGAGUCGCACAGUCGUGCCGCGGCAGGAAAGCAAUUCUUAUCGGCGCAGACCAACGCUAGUUGUUUACCUUAAUUUGUGUGCGGAUUAUAUCGAUUCUUUGAAGCGAUAAGCCCACCCAAAUCCCCGUAGCACCUGUUAUCAACAAAUUUACGAUUAGUGCACUCUCAAGCAUUACCGUUAUCAGGCGUGCAGAGUCCAUCUGCCGAUAUGGGCAUUAAAGUUAAAGUACCCACGGUGGGGCAAAUCGAGGAGCUGCGUCAAAAGUUCAAUGAGAAGUACGACCAAACACCGCCUGCAGCACCCUUCCAUCCCGUCGACAUGGAUCGCAUACGCAACGACAAUCUCUGGUUGCAAAGAUUUCUCGAAAUGUACGAUCUGGAAAUGGAAACCGCCUUGACCAAGCUCUGGGACACAUGCAUUUGGCGUCAGGAGUAUGGCGCGAAUGAACUUAAUGAGACCAACCUAAACAGCGAGUACUUGGAUGAGGGGUCCGUUUUUGUGCACAACCACGAUAUUGACGGCAAGCCAUUGUUAAUAUUCAGAGUCAAGUUGCACAACAAGUCUAAGAAUUUGGAUGAGCUCAUUCGCCUUGUCGUAUACUGGGUGGAACGCACACAACGCGAACAGCAUUUGAUCCAACUGAGCAUAUUCUUCGACAUGGCGGGUACGGGUCUAGCGACAAUGGAUUUGGAUUUUGUCAAACGAAUUAUUGAGACAUUUAAAUUAUACUAUCCGAACACUCUAAAUUAUAUACUUGUAUAUGAGCUGGCCUGGGUUUUAAAUGCUGCCUUUAAAAUCGUCAAAACUUUGCUACCGCCCAAGGCUGUUGAGAUAUUGAAAAUGAUAUCGAAAAAAGAUGUAACACAGUACGUGCAUAAGGACAACUGUCUGACUAACUGGGGUGGCAAUGACACCUACGAAUAUAGCUUUGUGCCGGAGCCAAAGAGCGUCUCUCUUAAAACCCCAACGAACGGUGUACAGGCGGCCAAUGCCGGCGAUGAAGAGCCUGCCCUUAACGGCGACAAAAAGGUACACUUUGCGAAUAGCGUUCCGACGGUGAUGCCGGAUCUUACUGACUAUGCGGAACUGCACACGCCCGGAGAGAAUAUGCUGGCAUUGGAACCGUGUGAUUAUGUGAACUUCGACUCGCAAAGCGCUGAGGCUACCCUAAACAUAAAAUGCGUCGGACAAACGCCGGUGACUUACAAGAUACAAACAACAUCGCCAGAGAAGUUUCGCGUGCGUCCACGCUGCGGUGUCCUGGGACCCAAUGAGUCAACUGAGGUGAACAUUUGGCUGAAGUCCGAGCACUCAUUGUCCGAAGAUGCCAAGGACAAAUUUCUGGUGAUGGGAAUGCCGGCUGUAAGUAAAGAUUGUGGUGCUUCCGAAGUGGCAGACAUGUGGAAAAAUAAGCCACAAAAUUGUCCCGAUGUGGAGCAGCAUCGCCUUGUCUGUCGUUUUGCUAGCCCCGAUCAGGUCAAGGGAAGCGCCAGCGCCGCGUCUUGCAAACAAGCAGCGGCCGCACCAGUUUCUCCUUGCGGCGCUGCCGCUUCAAAAAAAGCGUUGGUUAAGCCAGCGGAGGAUGAAGUAACGCUUUUGCAGCGAAAUAUGGCAUUUACGAGGAAUUUACAGUAUAUUCAACUGUUUGUUUUAUUGUUGCUAGCUGCCGGAUUAGGUUAUCUGUUAUAUCAACAGCAUCAUCAGUCUAAUGCGACAGGCGGUGCCAGUCAUGGCUCCUGCUAUAAGACACAAGCACAUAGCUGCGCCAAACGUAAAUAAUAUUUACUAUCCCAAUGCAAUCUGACCAGACACGAUGUAGCGGCAACCAGCGACACUGUCACUGACCACCAGCAUAGCACAAACAGCCAACAUGAGCCUCCUAACCUCAACAGCAACGGCCACCACGAGCGCGACACCAAUGCCAACGUGGACGCAACACAGCCUUGCGUCUGUGCUCUUGACCUCGAACUUGAUUACAUUGAUUUGGAUGAUGCCGAUUGCCUGGAGGCCCUCAUGUUGGCCCAACUCCAUUUGGCACUCAAACGGAACGCUGGCCGCAUUGGUGUGGAUAGCGAAGUGGGCGGUGUCGCCGGUGGCGGCUAUCUGCUUGGUCUUAUUGCAUUUGCGCGUAAAUUUGCGCGCGUCAUUCUAUCGCUCUCAUUACUAUGCUCCAUACUUUUUGUGAGCUUCUACUUGGGCAGCACCUACGAAGGAACAAAUGAAAGUAAUGUUGAAAGUGCUGCACUGGCAGUUUACAGUCCCAUUACAACAUCCUUAGAAUCAAUAGUGCCGCCUGACGAAAGACAUCACCAGCAGCAAGAGGAGCAGCGACGAAAUAGCUUUAAUGGCCAUUAUUUAGUCAGCGGAGCGUUGCCCUGACCCACAAAUUAGCUUAGUUCCCAUCAUGUUUAAUGUAGUAUGAGUCACAAUGCGGUCAAUUGAGCACUACAGACUACACAAUCAACAACACCAACCACGAUACAUAAUAUAUACUAUACAAAGCUAAUAUAUAUAUAGACAUAGAUAAAAAAAAAAAAUAAAAAAAAACAAUAUUUUCAA